CUGCUGCGCGGGUGUUCCGGAGACAUUUGUGGGCGUACAGUACGAGCUCUAGUGUUUAAGCGCUUCUGAUUGGAUGAUCGCUGUGACGUCACGCGCGCCGUCCGGCGGUUGUGUUUGAAUCGAGCGGCGUCCGGGAUCGACUGUCAGUGUUCCUGUGAGACAUGGACACGCUGGAGCUGGACGAUUUGUGUUCUCAUGUUAAUUCCAAGAUUUCUAUCAUCAAAAAGACAUUGCAGCUCCGCAAUAUUGGUCAGGAGCCCUCCUUAAGGAAUAUUCUCGGUAAAGUGACAUACGAGCUUCAUCUGCUGUGUGAGCUCCUUAACAAAGCGGAGACGGAAGUUCAGAGACAGGAAGCAAUUGCAAAGUCCUUGAAGGAGCUGCAGGUGACUCUGGAGAGAGAUGCCAAGGAAGUGUCUCAUCUCUGUGACAAUAUUCCUCCUCAUCUUCCCAAGAAAUGUCCUAACAGUAAUGCAGUCCCAGGUGAGGAGCCUCCGGUAGAAGUUAAGGUCACCGCUCCGGAGCCGGCUAAGAAGCCUGUCAAAGCCAAACACAUCAAAGAAAUGGAGCUGAUUACGGUGCAAGAAUUCGCCAAUGUGCCAGCGUAUAUGAAAAACCGUAUGACGUACGAGCAGAUCAACCACCUGAUUGAAGAAAUCAACAAAGCCGUUGUGGGGAAGUACAAGAUUAUGCAUCAGCCUCUGAAAACCCUCAACAACAUAGCCAGGAAGCAGCUGGGGCGCUUCAAAGAGGAGGAGACUCAGGAUACAAAAGGCCAGUUUUUUAUUGUCGACCAAGAUAUCAAAGAAUUUACCCAAGUUAAGGUGGAUAAGAGGUUCCAUGGAAUGCUGAGCAUCCUGAGGCAUUGUCACCGGAUACGGGAGCAGCGAGGGAAAGGAAUCGUGCGCUAUGUUAUUUGCUGAUGACUCACGGACUCGGGAUGAUGACACAGAAGAAAAGUGCAUACUCACCCUGCUGAUAACACGGGCGCUAGAAAAUGCCGAAGCGGGGCAUCGGUCGUAAUACGGCUGAAGUAAACUUUAUUUAUAAAGAAAAGUUAUGUUAAAGCAAAGUGCAUUUUUAUAAUAAAUAACCUUUAUUAAAUACAGUUUUACGUUCCCAAGCAUCCAAAUAUUUACAUGUAUUUAACAUUGCCAAGACUGUAUUAACCAAUGCAAUAAAUUUAUAGCAUUAUUUAUGAUGCCCCCUCCCAUAGAAAUUAAUGGAGGGGGGAGCGGCAUUGUGUCAUAAGGGGGCGUGGUGUGAUGUCUCUUCUCCAGUCGCGAAAAUCCAGCAUUCUAAACCUACUGUUUAGAAUGCCGGGUGCUGCAUGGAGAUCACGGGGAUCCCAGCGGCUUUUGGAUAGGGGAUAAGAUGUCUGUGGGGAGUACCCCUUUAAAAUCUAACUUCUCAUUAUUACGAGGCAUCUUGUGAGUGUGUCACGAGUUAGACCGACACGUUUUUAGCUCACCAAGUGCUUUUAGUCAUAUUCGGAAUACACAGUAAUAGAAGGUAUUUAAAAGCAGUAGUGACCAAUCCGCAAGCUGAAAUGGUUAGUUAAGGUCUUGUGAGGAGGUGUGGCAGGCUGUGACACUUGAGCAGAUCAGCUCCGCCUUCUUGACACUUGGCCGCAAAAUAAAAAAGUGAUUUUGUAAGUUUGGCAACCACCAUCAGCUCCAGGAAAAGUGCAGUUUUAUUUCAUACCCAAAUAGACAUCCAACAGUGUCGGUAGCUCUUAGCAUUUCCCCCAUUAAGACACGGUUAGGAUAUAUUCACACAGCAGAUUUUUUUGUGAAUAUUCCGCGGACAGCAGAUGCCGGCAGAACAAGCCAGUGCUAGGACCGCUUGGAAAUGCACCUCCUCCACAGACAGCCAUGCAUUACCUAGGGAUCAACCGAUUAUCGGUAUGGCCGAUAUUAUCGGCCGAUAAUCCCAAUUUUGGGCAUUAUCGGUAUCGGCAAUUACCUUGCCGAUAAUGCCCCCUGCACCGCGACUGACUCCCCCCACCCCGACCCGCCGCACCACACCGCGACCGACCGCACCGCGUCUCACCCCCCACCGUAGUGCUGGGCGGUAUACCGGUAUGGAUUUUUGCCCAUACCACUAUACCGGUCGGGCCCCUCCCCCACCCUCCGAGUCAAUAAAAAA